AUGAGCUUCACUGCCGGCUCGGUGCAUGCUGGAGCCAAGCAGCAGUGUUACGCCGACUUCCGAGCCUCUUACCACGCCGAUGUCCUGCGCUUGCCGAUCGAAGGGACAGAGGAGGAAUCAGACAUCCAAUUGAUGACGGAAGCGAAAGAGUUGGGAGUGGACAUAGACCUGUCGCCGUCGCUCGGACCCUUCUCCAAUCCUACCGAUGCUUCCGUGCCAGACCGCAGGUCCAUGUCCGUCUACUCGAUGACGUCGGAAUCCACGGGUUUGACAUCCAACUAUUCCGAUCCUUCGCGGGAUCCAUCUCAAGGACACGGCAGGAGGCGGUCUCGCGCAAGCCUGUCGCUGCGAGACUACGACAUGUUCCUCGCCAGAGGCACGACGGAUUCGACGCGCACCUCGAUGAGUUUCUCGAGGCCCACCACCCCGGCGCAAUCCUCCUUUUCAUUGCCGCUGAGCUCGCCCGAGCCUACAUCCAAGCGAGGAUCGCGCGUGCUGAAAGGAUUGAGCAUGCUAAGAUUCCACCGUCCCGAGUCGAGCGGAGCCAUGGUCAACGGCUGUCCACAUUGCCCUCCUCACACCUCGAGCCAACGGCGGGCGAUGCAUGGCGUUCCCUGCGGCCAUCGACUCUGCACGCAAGCCCUGCGAAGUACUAUCAAGUCUGCGUUGGCAAAUGCAAGUGGUGCCAUUCCCAGCUGUUGCGGCGUCCCCAUCCCCGGCGAGCUUGUCCAAUCCGUCGCCACGAGUGAAGAACAAGACGAGCUUUUGCAGAGGCUUGAACAGUGGGACGAGGCCAUCUCCCUGGCGCCGUUGCGACGAAGCGAGCUGAAGGAGCUUGCAUCGAGCGAGCGAGCGAGUAACGAUGGCCCUAACAAGUCAAACGAGUCGCGUCAAGCUUCUAACGGACCGGUUGAAGAAAGCAACAUCAAGCAGCCGCAUGAACAUCCGGAAUUCAAGCAGUUGGAAGAGCAACACGGCGAACUGCACGAUCGCUUCACAGCAUGGAUUGAACAGCGACGAGUGGAGCUGCACGAGCGACAUGAGCGCAUGCGGCGGGAAAUGAACGAGCAGCACGAGAGCGCCGAAGACGACAUGCUUGAGCGUCACGGUCGGUCGAUGGGCGAAGCCGAAGAUCGACAAGUCAAAGCCGAAGCGGACUUGCGUGAACAGCAUGAACAAGAGCAGCGCGACAACGCCACGGCCCUGAGACACUUGGAGGCGUUUUGCGCAGGCACGUACAGCACGGGGGAAACGCACGGGCGGGUGGUUACAGAGCAAGCCCGGGCGGAACUCGAGAGGUUGAGGAAGGCUCGGGACUCUAUGGACGCGAAGCACGCCAGCGCCAUCAAUGUCCUGCGCGGCGAACAGGCACGACGAAUGAGGCUGCGCCAGGCGCGGCAGGAGAAGGAGCUGCAGGACUUGCUCCGGGCACAGCGCAAAGAGGAAUUGGAAAUGGACCGGGCGUGCACGGCGGAGAGCCGGGGGCUGGAGGAGUUUGUGGCGGAGAAGCAGAAGCGGAUUGCGGCGAGGUGGCGGAUGGAGAAUGCGGUGUUGGCGAAGCGGAUGCGGCUGGAGAAUGGGCGGGCGUGGAGCUUGGAGCUGGCCAUGCAUGCCCUUCCCGAUGGCCAUCAUGACGGAGGCGAGGAAGGGAAGGGAAGGGAAAUUGACGCGACAUGA